AUGGCAUAUAAAAUACUGGAUCCAAUCUUUAAAUUAUACGAUCCAAUUCGUUACUCAUUUAACAAGAAAAAAGAGGAUUUUAUUAUCAUCUCAACAACUGUUGGUUCUAAAUCCCAAUUGAAUGAUGGUGGCUGGAUACCCGAUGUUGGUGAUGGAAGUGUUUUAAAAGAACCGGUAAGAAAUGUUCCAAACGAUGCGGAUGAAGCUAGAAUGAGAGUUAUUACUCGAAACACAAUAGAAAGAGUAGGACGAGCAGCUAAUCAUGGAUUCGAAAAACGAGUACUUCAGUAUAACAAUGUUGUUGAGAAUAAUAGGUGGGGUAAUUACGUAAAUUGGAAAUUAUAUCCUUUAUUCGGUCUGUUUGAACACACAAAAGUUUCCAUAGGGUUACCAUAUAAAAUUAAUCUACAAAGAGAAAUCAACGAUGAUAAGAUAUUCUUUGGAGAGAAUGCUUCAGAUGCAAAAUUAGAAAAAAUGAAUCUCCAACUUUUCAUACCCGUAAUAACACCAUCUAUUCAAGUAAAAACGAGAAUAUUCAACUCAUUACCUAAAGAUAUUGAAAUAGCUUUUCUUUGUUGUAACACAAAAGGUAGCAUGACUUUAACUGGAGAAUCCACCACGUGGCCAAUCACUAACACUAUUAAACCAGCAAGAUAUUUAAUUGUUGGUUUCAAGAACUUACCAGACUUACAGACGAAUAACAAUAAUAUCUUUAGAGUAGAAAUGAACCAAACUCAAGAUCCUAUAAUCCAUAAAGUUCAAGUAAGAUUAAACAACGAUAAUUAUCCUAACCAACCUUUAACAAUAAAUCCAACCACAAAGGAUUAUAAUGAAUUGUAUAGAAACUAUAAAAAUAUGUGUGAAUUAUUUGGAAAUCUACCUCAGUUUGAAUAUGUAGAUUUUGCACUUCAUCAUCCAAUCUUCUGUUUUGAUCUAUCAGCUCAUCAAGAAGAUCUUUUCAAAACAGGAGUCAACAUAAAUAUUCAUAUUGAAAAAACACAAGGAGAUGUAACCGGUUAUUGUUUACUACUCGAAGAAGCAAAACAUUUAAUUAAAAUAGCAGAUAGAAGAAUGAUAAGAAUUGAGUUAAAAAUACACCCUUGA